AUGCAUCGAUUAUCGAAAAUCUCGGCUUCAUUCGCUUCAAAGAGAAAUGACUCUACAGAUAGCAAUGGAGACAAAAUCGACAAACGAUUUUCUCGUCCAACUAUUUUGCAGUUAUCAUAUAAGGAGGAGAGCAUGGAUGGUAUCAAUGAAUGCGGUAAACAAGAUGAAUGGUACGAAAUGGUGACCGCUGUAACACCACCCAUUGAUGAAAUAAGAAAAACUGAUCAGAAAAUGAACAAUGAAACCAAUGAUAUGCUUAGAAAAACUAGUAAUAUGAUAAAUGGUCUAAAUGAAAUAGAUCUAGAGCCCGAUAAUGCGGCUGAAAUUGAAGUUGUAGAACAAUCACUUACCACGUUGGUGGAUAAUUUUCGAUCCGGAAGAAUGUGUGCUUUGGACGAGGAAAAAUUGAAAAUGAUGCGGAAAGCAAGAGAAAAAAUGGAAAAUUUGACUGCAUUCCAUGUCAAAUUGCAUAAAAUACAGGCCCCAAAUUUCUCCACUUUCAGAUAUGAUAUGUCUUUCCGUGCAACCGAUGUAAAAGAAGAAGAGAGAAUGGCUGAUACUUUUACCGAGGAAAAGAACAGGGAAGUGAUAAGAGAGCAGUCGUAA